AGUCAAAGAUGGCGGUGCGGAAGAAAGACGGCGGCCCGAAUGUAAAAUAUUUCGAAGCGUCUGACACCGUUUCUCAGUUUGAUAAUGUCCGCGUCUGGCUGGGAAAGAAUUACAAAAAGUACAUCCAGGCCGAACCCCCCACCAACAAGUCUCUGUCCAGCCUGGUGGUCCAGCUGCUGCAGUUCCAGGAGGAGGUGUUUGGUCGACAUGUCAGCAACCCUCCGCUCACCAAGCUGCCGAUGAAAUGUUUUCUGGACUUCAAGUCAGGAGGGGCUCUGUGCCACAUCCUGGCUGCUGCCUACAAGUUCAAGAGUGACCAGGGAUGGCGCAGGUUUGACUUCCAGAAUCCAUCGAGGAUGGACCGAAAUGUGGAGAUGUUCAUGACGAUCGAGAAGUCCUUAGUGCAGAACAACUGCCUGAGCCGACCUGUCAUCUACCUGAGCUCUGACAUAGAGCCAAAGCUGCUUGGGAAAUUGAAAGACAUCAUCAAAAGACAUCAGGGCUCAGUAACUGAGGACAAGGCCUCCAGCUCCCAUGUUGUCGUCCCUAUUCCCACCAGCCUGGAGGAAGAGGAGUGGGUGCGUCCUGUGAUGAAGAGAGAUAAGCAAGUGCUGCUCCACUGGGGAUAUUUUCCUGACAGUUAUGAUACCUGGAUCCCAGCCAGUGAGAUCGAGGCAGCUGUGGAGGAUCCUCCUAGCCCAGAAAAGCCCAGGAAGGUCCAUGCCAAGUGGAUUUUAGACCUGGACCAGUAUAAUGAGUGGAUGAAUGAGGAAGACUAUGAAGUGGGCGAGGGCUGCCCUAAGAGGAAGAGGAUCUCAGCCAAGACCCUUACAGAUGAGGUGACCACACCUGACGAGCGGAGGGACAAGAAACCAGGCAGUGCCAAGAAGAGGAAGAGGUCGCCGUCGCCCUCCCCCACCCCUCCACCUCAGGAGAGCAAGAAGAAGAAUACCAAAAAAGCGCCGACAACCCCGUACACCAAGUCUAAACGGGGCCAAAGGGAGGAGGAACAAGAGGAUCUCAGUAAAGACUUGGAUGAAGCGUCACCUGUUCCAGCAUCUGAAGAGGGAAAUCCACCGAAGACAAAUAACACCAAGAAAGACACUGAUUCAACUCCAGUCAAAGGAGGAACAGAUAUGGAUGAGCAGGAAGAUGAGUCCAUGGAAACAACAGGCAAGGAGGAGGAGGAGGGCUCUCCGAGUGUGAAGGGUGAACCGGUCAAAGGCUCGGACCUUCAUGAAGACAACGUGACCGAGCAGACUCACCACAUUAUUAUACCGAGCUACGCUGCCUGGUUUGACUACAACAGUGUUCAUGCCAUUGAGCGCAGAGCCUUGCCAGAGUUUUUCAAUGGAAAGAACAAAUCCAAAACCCCGGAGAUUUACCUGGCGUACAGGAACUUCAUGAUUGACACCUACCGACUAAACCCUCAGGAGUACCUGACCUCCACCGCCUGCCGCAGGAACCUGGCAGGAGAUGUGUGUGCAAUCAUGAGAGUCCACGCCUUUCUGGAGCAGUGGGGUCUCAUCAACUACCAGGUGGACUCCGAGAGUCGACCCACACCCAUGGGUCCCCCACCCACCUCUCACUUCCAUGUCCUUGCAGACACUCCAUCCAGUCUGGUGCCCCUUCAGCCCAAGACGUCCCAGGUCCACAUAUGCUCAGACACACAGGCAAAUAGACACAUGCACGUGUAUUCUGGGUUAUUUUACACGUGUCUCUCUGUCGUUGUUUACCUGCAGACCCCUGCUACCCAGCAGAUGAUGUCCUUCCCUGAUAAAGUGAAGGAGAAACCAGCAGACCUGCAGAACUUUGGGCUGCGGACUGACAUGUACAGCAAGAAGACUGGCUCUGCAAAGAGCAAGAGUACAGCGAGCUCUAUGAGGGAGUGGACAGAACAAGAAACACUACUACUACUUGAGGGGUUGGAAAUGUACAAGGAUGACUGGAACAAGGUUUCAGAACAUGUGGGCAGCCGUACGCAGGACGAGUGCAUCCUGCACUUCCUGCGGCUGCCCAUUGAAGACCCUUAUUUGGAGGACCACUCCUCGUCCCUGGGACCACUGGCCUACCAGCCGGUCCCUUUCAGUCAGGCAGGAAACCCCGUCAUGAGCACAGUGGCCUUCCUUGCCUCUGUCGUCGACCCGCGUGUGGCCUCAGCUGCAGCCAAAUCUGCUCUGGAGGAGUUUUCUCGUAUGAAGGAGGAGGUUCCUGCAGCACUUGUUGAGGCUCAUGUGCGGCGGGUGGAGGAGGCAGCAAGGGUCAGUGGCCGACAGGACCCGCUGUACGGCCUGGAGGGUAGCGGCAUUGCAGGCACUGGCCUGGAGGAGGGAGACAGACCUGAUGAAAGCAGUGAUGAAAGUAAGAGUGACAGCCAAUCAGGCGAAGAGAAGAGGGAGGCCAAGGACAGCAAAGAUGGAGCGACGGAGGAAGAGGAGAAGCAGGCAGAAAAUGGGAAGAAGGAAGAAGAAAGAGGACGAGAACAAGAAGGAGAGAGGGAGGCGGACAAAACAGAGUCAGAGAUGGGCGAUGGGGAGAAGGAGAAGGAUGGGAAAGAGGGCACAGAGGAAGGACAGAGAGAAGCAGAGAGUGAAUUAGAGAGGAAGGCGAAGGUGGAGCGUGACGUGGGAGAGGGGAACCUGGCCACUGCUGCUGCGUCUGCUCUCGCAGCUGCUGCUGUCAAAGCCAAGCACCUGGCUGCAGUGGAAGAGAGGAAGAUCAAAUCUCUGGUGGCUCUGCUGGUGGAGACCCAAAUGAAGAAGCUUGAGAUAAAACUGCGACACUUUGAAGAACUGGAAACCAUCAUGGACAGAGAGAGGGAGGCUUUGGAGUACCAGCGUCAGCAGCUGCUGGCUGACCGUCAGUCCUUCCACAUGGAGCAGCUGAAAUACGCAGAGAUGAGGGCCCGCCAGCAGCACUUCCAGCAGAUUCAGCACCAGCAGCACAGCCAGGCAGGGGGCCCUCAUGCCAACCAGGCUGCCUCAGCCCCGCCGCCCCAGGGCGCGACCGCAAGUCAGCAAGCUCCCACCACACCAGCUCCACAACCGGCUCCCAGCCCCGCGCCUCCAGCCUCGGUUUCUGCUCCGGCCCCUGAGUCCCAACCACCUCAGGGAGCUCACCCCUCACCUCCCUGCCCGCCAGGCGCGACCCCAGCUGCCCACUCCAGCUCCAGCUCCAGCACCACUCCUGUACUCCACGAGCCCUCCGCCCCUCUUCCCGGUGAAACGCUCCACCCCUCAGCACCAGUCCCUCCUCCACAGUGAGAAAUAAAUACAUUGCCUGAGAAUCUGAAUGACUCUGACCACUUUGAAUCCUGCCUGAUCUAUCAUCUGAAAUGAAGAAGUCAUAAAACCGAAGGAAGAGAACACAUUUUACAUGUUCAGCUCUUUGUUUUUGUUUGUUGUUGAUUUUUCAAAAAGGACAAUUGACGCGAGAAAGAAAAAAUGAUUACGUCUAAAUCAAACCAGCUCUGCUCUGACUGUUGAAAAAAAAGUCCCUUUUAAAUUGAAUCUGCCUAUGAAGAAAACGUGCUUUCAAACAGAAGCUGUUCAUCCUGCGUGUGGUCGAUCAGACAGCAGCAUCUCACUUCAUAAUUUUUAGCUAAAAUCCAUGCUGCCACUCGACAAGAAGAAGAGAAAAGACUCAUCUUGUGUUUUCGGUGUUUCAGGAGAUUGUUGCAUAUAUUUGCUGCAACAGUUUAUCACAGCUUUUGAAGUCUCUUACUUCACACUCUCUC